AUGCAGCACAAUCCCGCGCAGUACGACGCGCCGUCGUUCAUGCAGGACGGUUUCGAAGGCUAUAACGGAUUCCAGGGUGGCAACAUGGCGCCGCAAGGAGAGCGACGCGUAGUGCAGAUAGAUGUUGGUGAAUUCGUUCGGACGCGCGACGCGCUAUCGUCGGCUUACAUGAGCCUUUCAUCAUCCAUCGAUAAAGCAGUCAAGGCGUACAUCGACCACACUAAUGUUGUACUCGCCGGAGACAGCACGCUCAAUGUCUCCUACCUCACCCAGCCAUUCGACCAGCUCGCGCACACAGCUCAGAUUGCGCAGCAGGCGAUGCUGCAUGGUCUUGCCCUGCCGAAUGGCGGCGCUGGGCCUGCUGGUGCUGGACCUGCUGCCGCCGGGUCUGCGACGAAAGACGAGCAAUCCGAAGGCCAGAGCAAGCGCAAGAAGCGCAAGUACACGCCACGCGAUCCGAACGCGCCAAAGCGCCCGUUGACUGCGUACUUCCGCUAUCUCCAAGAGCAGCGAAUUCCACUGGGCAAAGAGCUCGCGGACAAGGCUCAAGGCCAGCCUCAGAAACCAGGCGAUCUGUCGAGGGAGGCUACGCGUCGUUGGAAGGCUUUGGAGGAUUCCGAAAGGCAGCCGUACCGUGACGCGUACCGACGCGCUUUAAAGGACUAUGACAAAGAAUGUCAGGUCUACAAGGCCAAAGGUGGCAAGCUUAGCGCUGCAGACGAGAAGCUCCUGACGCAAGAAGGUGAAGACACCGAGCUUGGCGCUGGCGGCGAAGAUGUGAAGGAUGAGGACGAGGACGAGGACGCUGAAGGGGAGAACGUUGAAGCAGAUGAACCAAGCAAAGGACGGCAAGGUGCGGAUGAUGACGACGAUGAAGAUGAUGACGAGGAUGAGGAUGACGAUGAAGACGACGACGACGACGAUGAUGAUGAGGAGGAGGACGACGAGGAUGAGGAAGACGAACCUGUUCCUCCGCCUCCGCCGCCGCCGAAAGCCACUCCAAAGUCUGCCUUGAAGAAGGGUAAGCAGCAAACCGCCGCGCCGACUCCGCAGUUCAGCAGCAUCAACCCACAAGCUGCCACCGCCGGUCCCUCAAGUCCAGAGCGCAAGCGCAAGGCUCCAGCUACGACCGCAGAAAGCGAAUUGAAGACGAAGCGUGGCCGUAAGUCCACCGCCGAGCCUGCUUCGGAGCCUACUGCCGCAUCGGCCCCGGCGCCUGCCCCGACUGCGCAGAUGACGAGCUCGGAACCGACUGAUGGACCGCCGAAGAAGAAGUCCAAGAAGAAGUCGAUGGGUUUCAUCCAGGUUGAGAGGCCUACACCAGUUCAUUUGGUCGAGUCGAAUUAUUUCCACAGGAUGCGGGAUACCCUUAAACAAGCUCAACAUUUUUCCACAACGGUCCACGGCGCCCUCCGAGGAUGUCUGGGCCUCCAGCUCCCCGCGAUCAAGCCCCGCCUCCCUGAUAGACAACAAGGACUCACCAUGCAGUUGGCACCGAAAGAGCUCGAUAAGCUUGUCAUUAGCCAGCUUGGCUCGCUGGCACAGCGGCGGCUUGCGCGUGGUGUCCGACUGAACCACACUGAAGCCCUCGCCCUUAUCGCCAGUGUACUGCAUGAGCUCAUACGAGAUGGCGACCACUCUGUCGCUGACCUCAUGGCGCUGGGCGCAACACUGCUUGGCAGAAAGCACGUUCUGCCUAGCGUACCGCACACCUUGACAGAACUCCAAGUCGAAGGCACCUUUCGAAUGGGCACGUACCUCGUAACCGUGCACAACCCGAUUGCCGGCGAUGACGGCAACCUUGAGCGGGCGUUAUAUGGCAGCUUUCUGCCUGUGCCCAGCCCGAAUAAGUUCCCUUGGCCGCCCGAGGAAGGAUUGGAAGCUUAUGCGCCGGAGAAGAUGCCUGGUGCUGUAAUUGCCGUCAAGGGCGAUAAGGGCAGGAUCGUACUCAAUGAGGGGCGCAAGCGCAUCAAGCUCAAGGUGACCAGCAAAGGAGAUAGGCCUAUCCAAGUUGGCAGCCACUAUCACUUUGUCGAGACGAAUCCGAGAUUGGAAUUUGACCGAGUAAGAAGCGUCGGGUACAGGCUGGACAUCGCCGCAGGGACCAGCGUAAGAUUUGAGCCUGGUGACAGCAAGACGGUUACACUUGUGCAGAUUGCGGGCAAGCAAGUAAUUAAAGGUGGGAAUGGGCUGGCAACCGGUCAUAUACACGACGAAAGUGUCACUCGAGGAUUGUUGCAGAGGAUGCAAGAAGGUGGCUUCCUGCACAAGGAGGAGCCAGAUGCAGACCAACGUUUAAACCCGGCCAGCAUGUCAAGGGAAGACUACAUUGCCAUAUUUGGCGCAACGACCGGCGAUAGGAUCAGACUAGGCAGCACCGACCUUUGGAUUAAGAUCGAGAAGGACUUUUCAGCCUAUGGCGACGAGUGCUCGUUUGGCGGCGGCAAGUCCAUCAGAGACGGCAUGGGUUCUGCUUCUGGCGUUCCGGACAAGGAAUGCCUUGACACUGUAAUCACCAACGCAGUCAUCGUCGAUUGGAGUGGCAUCUACAAGGCCGAUAUUGGUAUCACUAACGGCCUAAUUUCCGGAAUCGGCAAGGCUGGCAACCCGGACGUGAUGCACGGCGUGCAUCCAGACUUGGUUGUAGGCGCAAACACAGAUGUUAUUGCGGGUGAAGGCAAGAUCGUCACUGCUGGUGGGUUCGACAGUCACAUCCACUUCAUCUGUCCGCAACAGGCUUACGAAGCCAUUGCGAGCGGUAUCACGACGUUUCUAGGCGGCGGUACUGGGCCGAGUACUGGCACAAACGCAACAACGUGUACACCUUCUGCAGAUCUGAUUAAGGGCAUGCUCCAAGCCUGCGACAGUCUACCGCUGAAUGUUGGUAUAACAGGUAAAGGCAAUGACGCUGAAGUCCAGCCGCUCAAAGAGCAGGCGGAGGCUGGUGUCUGUGGUCUGAAGCUGCACGAAGAUUGGGGCACGACGCCAAUUGCGAUCGACACUUGCCUGAAAGUGUGCGAGGAGGAGGACAUCCAAUGCCUGAUCCAUACCGACACUUUGAAUGAGAGCGGCUUCGUAGAGACGACUGUCAAAGCUUUUAAGAACCGAACCAUCCACACUUACCACACUGAAGGCGCUGGUGGCGGUCACGCACCUGACAUUAUCAGUGUAGUCGAGCACGAGAACGUGCUGCCUUCGUCCACCAACCCGACACGUCCGUACACUGGCAAUACGCUCGACGAACAUCUAGACAUGCUGAUGGUAUGCCACCACCUUUCCCGUAACAUACCUGAAGACGUGGCAUUCGCCGAAUCUCGCAUUCGCGCAGAGACGAUCGCUGCAGAAGACGUGCUGCAUGACUUGGGUGCCAUCAGCAUGAUGAGCUCUGAUUCACAGGCCAUGGGUCGGUGUGGCGAGGUCAUCCUGCGGACUUGGAACACUGCGCACAAGAACAAAGUCCAGCGCGGUCCGCUGCCGGAAGAUAAGGACACCGAUGCGGACAAUUUCCGUGUGAAGCGUUACGUGAGCAAGUACACCAUCAACCCGGCGAUUGCGCAGGGCAUGUCGCACCUAAUUGGAUCGAUCGAAGUGGGUAAGCUCGCGGAUCUUGUCCUCUGGUCACCGUCCUCGUUCGGCGCGAAGCCAGCGCAGAUCGUGAAGGGAGGCAUGAUCGCGUGGAGUCAGAUGGGAGACCCGAACGCGAGUAUCCCAACAGUCGAACCGGUCAUCAUGAGGCCAAUGUUUGGUGCCAUGGAGCCGAGCAGAAGCAUCUGCUGGGUGAGCAAGAGUAGCCUGGAGAAGGGUGCCAUCAAGAACUAUGCGCUUCGUAAGCGAGUUGAGGCUGUCAAGAAUUGUCGCAAAAUUGGGAAGAAGGACAUGAAGUGGAACGAUGCGAUGCCGAAGAUGAAGGUUGAUCCGGAACGAUAUACUGUGGAAGCUGAUGGACAGCUUAUGACCGCUGAACCAGCGACAGAGUUACCACUUGCUCAGACGUAUUUCGUUUUCUAG